UGUUUUGGGUUGAAGUUGAGGUUGAGGAGAGGCGAGCUAGCGACGAGCCCGUCGUCGCGGCCGCGGGCGCCGCGGGGCCGAGGUGGAGGCCCUGUUGGAGCCGAGAGGUGUCUCUUCCCCGUCCGACGGCCCGGGCCCUGUCCUUCGCUGGCCUCUUCCUCCUCCUCGACCCGGAACUCCCGGGCCUGCCCUAGGCCCCCUGUCUUUUGCACGCCGCAGCGCCCAGCCCGGGCCGCACCCGCCGGCCUCAUGAGGAGGGACGUGAACGGAGUGACCAAGAGCAGGUUUGAGAUGUUCUCAAAUAGUGAUGAGGCUGUAAUCAAUAAAAAACUUCCCAAAGAACUACUAUUACGGAUAUUUUCUUUCCUGGAUGUUGUUACCUUGUGUCGCUGUGCUCAAGUCUCCAGGGCCUGGAAUGUUCUGGCGUUGGAUGGAAGCAACUGGCAGCGCAUUGACCUGUUUGAUUUCCAGAGGGAUAUUGAGGGCCGUGUAGUGGAGAAUAUUUCAAAACGAUGUGGGGGCUUUUUAAGAAAGUUAAGUCUUCGUGGGUGUCUUGGAGUAGGAGACAAUGCAUUAAGGACCUUUGCACAAAACUGUAGAAACAUUGAAGUACUAAAUCUAAAUGGAUGUACGAAGACCACAGAUGCGACAUGUACUAGCCUUAGCAAGUUCUGUUCAAAACUCAGGCACCUAGACUUGGCUUCCUGUACAUCAAUCACAAACAUGUCUCUAAAAGCACUAAGCGAGGGGUGUCCGCUGUUGGAGCAGUUGAACAUUUCCUGGUGUGACCAAGUAACCAAGGAUGGCAUUCAAGCGCUAGUGAGAGGCUGCGGGGGUCUCAAGGCCUUGUUCCUGAAAGGCUGCACACAGCUAGAAGAUGAAGCUUUGAAGUACAUAGGUGCACACUGUCCUGAGCUGGUGACUUUGAACUUGCAGACUUGCCUGCAAAUCACAGAUGAAGGUCUCAUCACAAUAUGCAGAGGGUGCCACAAGCUGCAGUCCCUCUGUGCCUCAGGCUGCUCCAACAUCACGGACGCCAUCCUGAAUGCCCUAGGUCAGAACUGCCCGCGGCUUAGAAUAUUAGAAGUGGCAAGAUGUUCUCAAUUAACAGAUGUGGGAUUUACCACUCUGGCUAGGAAUUGUCAUGAGCUUGAAAAGAUGGACUUGGAAGAGUGUGUUCAGAUAACAGAUAGCACAUUAAUCCAACUUUCCAUACACUGUCCUCGACUUCAAGUAUUGAGUCUGUCUCACUGUGAGCUGAUCACAGAUGACGGGAUCCGUCACCUGGGGAACGGAGCCUGCGCCCAUGACCAGCUGGAGGUGAUCGAGCUGGACAACUGCCCACUGAUCACAGACGCAUCCCUGGAGCACUUGAAGAGCUGUCAUAGCCUCGAGCGGAUAGAACUCUAUGACUGCCAGCAGAUUACCCGAGCUGGGAUCAAGAGACUGAGGACCCAUUUACCCAAUAUCAAAGUCCACGCCUACUUUGCACCAGUCACCCCACCCCCAUCAGUAGGGGGCAGCAGACAGCGCUUCUGCAGAUGCUGCAUCAUCCUAUGACAAUGGAGGUGGUAAACCUUGCUGAACUGAGUAUUUAAUGACACUUCUAGAGUACCGUGAAGUCUCUCCAGUGGAAGCACCCCCGAGUGGGGGCAAGGAUUUCACAAUGAGGGAAGGCAAUGUCCAGAUCCCCAGAGCCACACAGACAUAUGCCUACAAACCCUCAUCCAUCCACUCAAGCUCGGUAACCGUGGGACUGCUGUUCUUGUUGGCUUUAUCAAAUGGCUUGGUAAACCUGAACCAUUCCGGUUGUAUGUGCCCAGAAGAAAACCACAGUCCAAGGUAGAUGGAGGGAGCAUUCCAGCAAACCCAGUGUUCCUGCUACUGGGGUUUCUUUUUUUGCUAAGGGGUCUCUUUGGGGAUUUUUGGAAUGGCAACUGCAGUCCUCCAGGGUCAAGAAAGCAUGGAAAACAGUAUAUGAUGUAUGCAGGGACCAGCAAGAAAAUUUCUUUGCAUCUUAGAAAUGGUGGCCAUCCGUUGUGAGAUGACCACAGGGCUUCUGUGCUUCCUUGUUUCCAUGCCAACAUGCUGAGCAUGCUCACAGAGAAGGCUUGUCCAUUCCUCCUGUGUUGUAGUAUUUGGCCCUGAGGUUUCCUGAUAGUUUCAUUGGAAUCACUGUGGUCUAACAGUGAUUUCUGAUUCACUCAGCUGUCACUAUCUGUAGCACACUUGAGCAUCUGUCUUCCAUCCUCUCUUGCUCCCUCCCACACUCUGGCUUAGUCGUGUCACCUGUUCAUAGUCUCCUAACUCACACUCAAUUGUUACUCUUCUGCUGUUGUGUUUACAGUUUGCAUUUUGGAUGAUUAGUUGGGAUUACCAAACAUUUUUAAAAAACACAUUAUCAAUAAAUAUUUUUUUAAUUCUAAAUUUUACCAUUAGGGGACCGGCCUGAAUCUUUGCCAAUCUGCAAGAAAACUAUUUUAAAAAGAAAAAGUUAUGAAAGCAAAUUGAGCAAACUCUAUUUUGAUAAAAAAAAAAAAUGAACCUUUACCUAUUGAUUUCUCUAUCUUAUGACGAAUGGAAAUUUGCAUGAUAUACCCAGUACCGCUGCACUUUUUUCCUUCUAUCAAGUCUGUUGACUUACUUAGGAAAGGGAGAGAUGCAUUAUUAAUGGAGAGUGAAAUGACAGACUCUCUUACACUGAACCUGAAAGUCCCUACUAGCUGAGAUGAGACACUAAUGGUUCACUAGAGCUUGGUGUGCUUGGUGUCUUGUGUGACUUUGACGUAGCAGGAAUGCUGUAGGAGGGGCUGUCCUACCUAGCCACUUAGUUUUACUUUUUAAUUCCCCCUUUCAGCCUGUCAGGGAACCAAGAAUGGCCCUAAAACAGCUGGUUGCUGUAUGUCAGUAUUAACCUUACCUAAUGGUCAACCAUGUCACUCUUCUGAAUGGGACAGGAGAGCAGCCAGGCCAAGGCAGCAGGGCAGCCCAAAAAGAACCUCAGCAGGAAGUAGGAGAUGCGUGUGCAGCACAGCCUGGGCACCUGGCACCCGAGCUGAAAGAAGAGGGCCAGCACUCUCAACUCCAAGCCCAAGUCAGUGCCCUUUGCUAAAGUAAAUCAGUAAAUCCUAGAGGAUAAGAGAAACAUGUUUCUAAAGCACAAAUUCCUGCACCCCAAUGUUUGAAAACCCUGUGUGGUUUUUAAUAAUAUGACGGAGGAGGGGAGAGUCUUCUGUUAACUUUGUGCAGUCCACCAAGUAAUCUUACAGCAUCUUGUGCUGCUUUAUAAGCCAGACUGUUAAAGGACGUGUCUCAGUGCUGUGGGUGCCGAUUCUACCAGCGCUUGGAAAAGUCAAGUCUGAUUGACUUCUCCAUUGAUUCAGAAAGCCAUCAAUUGAAAGGAUUCUAGAAGUUUGUACUGGUCAUCAUUAACAUAUGAAACCAUCCUUUAUUCUUUCCCCUUAAAGCUCACAUUUUACCUUUUAAAAGGGAUGCGCUUCUAUCAAUUAAGGCUCACACUCUUGGCUACACCCACACAUACAAAUAGCAUAUACAAUUCCAGAUGUGGUUUAAUGAUGUUAAGAUCCCCAUUCAUUUGUUCAAGCAAAACUAAAAAAUAUUUAGGGACCAUCUGUUCUGUUUUUAAUUUUUAGUGCCUGAACAAACUGACCAUAAAACGUUACUGAGUGUAGAUUUGAAUCGCCCAGGUUGAGGCUGUUAAGAUGGUUUAAUUAAAAGAUAAAUUUAGGGGCCCCAUUUGCCGAUCCCUGAAAAGCAUUAAAUGUUUCCCUAUUUGAAGGGCAUCCCCACAUAGAGGUCCAUGUGCAUUUGCUCUGGUGAUCCCUGCUGUUAAGUAAGUCCCUACCUAUCUGGAUGAAGAACAGAAUCAGGUGAGGUAGCACAAAGUUCCAGGGCUGUGUAGCAUUGACUAGUCUGAGGUCUUGUUCCUUCUCUAAAAAAAAAAAAAAACCAGCUCCAGGCCCCAUUACACUUGGAAGAAACUCUUGAACCUACACCAUAAUGUGAAUAUGCUAGAACUUUUGAGAGCACAGAAUAUGGUAAGUUCUGGGCAGAGUCCUGACAUCUGAACAUUGGAUGCCUUCUGUCUUAACAAUUGGUAUGCUUUUGAAAAUUCAGUAAGACUUAAGUGUAGGAAAAAUCCUUAGGCAAAGCCUAUUGGCCCAUUUGUCUGACAUCAUAGUCACUCUAUAAUGGGGGGGCGGGGGGAGUGAAGGAGGAGAGACAUGGAGUAAGGAAGAAGGGACCCUGAGAGCUACUUGCACAAAUUCACAGAUUGCCAGGAGGAGGUAUUAGAGCAUCUGGGGAAAGUUCUUGGACGUCUGUAUCAUCUCUUGUCUCAGCAACAUUUCCCUUCCUCUCAUUCAUUGGAUUCUCAAGAAUUGUUUGCUUCAUUGACAUCUUCUGCAUCCUUGCCAUUGAACCCAUUUAGGAGAUUUCACCUUUUUCCCCACUGCAGCAAUUGCCACCAUUUCCUCCACACACCCAUCUUUGCCCUCUAUUUAAAGCCCUCCGUCUCACUCCAAACAAUGCUGCUGAUUUUGUUUUUUGUUUUUUGGGUUUUUUUUCUAGCAUUUCUUUGGGCCUUUGUCAUCAAAGCAAGUUAUUGUGGGCAGCCUUGAACUUAGUUUCACUUUCAGGUGACUUGAGUCAUUUUUCACCUGAUGCUUGCCUGCUGAAUCUGAGUAUAAAAUCCAACAAUUGGGGAAGAGGGCCCAGCUUCCACCUUUUCCCCCAGCAUUGGGUGUGUGAAAGCAUGUAAUACCUCAUGUAAGAAAUGCUUCCCUGCCCUGCUCCCACCUUGACUGGAUAUAAAUCUCAUCCUUAAGUGGAUUUUGUACCUUUCCUGUCCAAUUUCCAUAUCCAUCAAGUUCGCAUAGUGAACAUGUAAGAAAUUUCACACAUCCUGAAAAAACCUGGAAAAUAAUUUCAUAAUCUUUUAUUUGGGGCUUUUCAGAUUAUUUGAACAGUGUUACCAGAAUACUACUAUGGUUGAGCACUUGUCCCAAUCAGCUUGUAAAAUAUGGGGUAACUGUUUUCAGUGGUUCACUAAUGCCAUGGAAGACCACACAAAGCAGGUGGUGAGACCUCCCCUGGGUGAGGCUGUUGGGAAGCGAGAAAGUGUCCCCAGGAAGAAAAGGGUAGCUGCCUGCCUGCCCUUCUGGGCAGCAUAUCCUCGGGGAGAAGAGCUGACCCUGGGCCACUUCAUGUUUAUUUUACCAGAAGUCAGCCUCCCUGCCAGUUGCCAGUGAGAAGAGCUCAAAGGUAGACACUUUAUUCUGCCUUUCCUCUCCUGUGUGCACGAUUCAAGGGCAAGUUCUAAAAGAUUUCCUCAUCUCUCUACCCACCAGUUCUAGAAUCUCUAACCACCUCAAAUCCAGGCCAAGUGUGGUUUACAAAAAGGUAUUGGAGGCCUUGAGGCAAAAACUUAUACCUGCCCGCUACUGACACCCCACUACAAUGAUCUUGAACCAAAGAAUUCAAUAGAAGGAUCAUUGGAAAUGAAGAGUCCUGGCACUAUCUCAGCUUUAUUUCUGUCAAAUCUCAGUUGUCAGAUUGGAAGGUACAUGAGGCAUAUCAGUGUUGUGUCCCUUCCUGAAGCCUUUGUCACAUUAACAGAGUUGGUAUGUAACCUCUCUCAGCUGAGUCUGAGUGCAUCUUAGGAGCCUAAGAUAAGAGACUUAGGUGUACUUUAACAGGAAGGAACAAAUUGUGUGCAUACGCACUUGCUGUGUCCCCACCUUACAUGAUUUUUUGAGCCAAUCCUUGGAGAGUCCACUUAGCCAGGGUGGGAAUUGCCCUUCUAGGAAGGACUGAGCCAGUGGAACCAAAUCAUAGCCUUUUAAAAUUCUGCAUGUUUUCUCGUGUCUUGUGUUGAAGACAUGAGAACAAUGGGAGAUGAGGUUCAAAGUAGAGAAUUGGU